GCGCUCGCAGCCUCGCACAUUUUGGCGGGUUGCGGCGCGUUCCCUCACACGCAUCCAAAAAGGAAGUCUGUCAGUAUUAUUGUUAUUGACCAAACUGAGGUCAGACGUAUUUAACAAAUUAGACGAUUAGGUGUAUCCCCAAGGCUGGAAAUACAAAUCCGUCUAUUCUGCCGAAAUGUCUUGCUUGAUCACUGGCAGAGCAGCAGGGACACACUCUUCUGGUUGACCAGGAUACUGAAACCCUGGCCGAUGGUGAACCAGGCUCGGCUGAUCUACAUUAUCUAUGGGCCACUCACUUUAGAUGGCAGGAUUGGGUGGCAGAAGCUUACUGAAGGAGCGGCUGAGGAGAGCAAUGUGAAGGACAUGGCAGAUGCAAUCAGACUGUUGCAUGGUGACCAGGAGACAAAGGAGUGGACAGCCGACAGUGUCAUCAGUCUCAUAGAUGAAUUAUCAGCUGUUCCUAGUGAGUGGCUCCUGGAGAACAGCGCGCGGCUGCUGAUUCUCUGUGGAAACAGAAUCUGCUACACCUCCAUGGCCAGUAAAGCAGUGAAUGGGCGGGUUAACGAGCUCGCCAGGAUGGUCGUUUUCCUGGCCCUGGUGAUCGAAAUGAAGACACUGACACCUUUCAAAGCCUGUGUAAUGUGUUGAAUGCAAAUGCUCAUUUUCAUACAGAAAUCUUGUACACUUUUAUCAAAAAGGAAUGAAAGAGCCCAUGGUCCGUGUGGUAACAUAAUAUUUAACUAUAGUUAUAAAUAACAGGAAAUAGUAUGUGUUUGAAAAGAAGAGUAGCUGUAAUGCAUUAAGCUGUUGUUUGUUGCAAAAGCCCCAUAUUUUGUAAUGUCCUAUGUAUUAAUUGUACUAUGUGAAUAUUAUUAAUGUAUGUAUUUUAAAAACGAAUAACUUUUAUCUUCACUAAUGAGUGUUGGACGAUGUAAUACCACAUUUUAAUGCAUAAGAACUUGCAAGUGUACUAGUAUUAGAGCAUGACUGAAUGUACGGUGCUUGAGAAACAUUUAAUGAUUACAAGGUGUAGAUUACAGUAUUUAAUGUAAUGUUACUGAGCCUGAAAUUAAGAAAAAUUUACUAUAAUUUUAUAAUAUUUGUUUUUAUUUAUUUUUACUACUUUUUUUUUUUUUACUUUCUCUGGUGCAAAAGAUCAGUAAACUUGUCUUUGUUUUUAUUUGCCUUAACACAAAUCCUCAGGAUUUUGAUCACAUUUGCUGGAAUACUGUAUGCAUCUGUAUUUAUUGAUUGAUUGAUUGAUUGAUUGGGUGCAAAUCUGUUUUGGGAAAUAAUUCCAAAUACAAAAAACACAGAGAAGCACUUUGAAAGAAUAUGCUGUACUAUAGGUAUAUAUUUUUUAAAAAUAUGAGUUAAUGUCUUGUUCAACUUGCUGUUUCUUUACACAAUGUUAAAAAUAUGAGCACCAUUAAUACAAUGUAUUUUGUGUUAUGUUAUGUGGUUUCAAAUUAAAAAAACAACAAAAAACAGGAGGUACAGUACAACAAAUAAGCGACUAUGGAAGUGCCCCCAUGGAAGUAUUUUAGGGCAGUCUAAUGUGUCUGCAUAUUCAACACCUAUGCAGUAUAAGUCAGGAUAUACAACAAGUUUGGAGCGUUCUAUCACCGCAUCCAAAUUACAUAGCGUUGCUAAUCAGAUGCAGAGAUGGAUCUACGGAAAGUAAUUAUUUGAAUUGGGACUCAGCUGAUCAUGCUGUGGAUCAGCCAGAGGUGUGUCAGCAGCUCCCUUUUAUCACGAGACACUCUGCCGAGACCUGCCCACUGGCUGGUCAGGGAUCCACAGCCCUCCAAUCCGCUUCCAUAGUGUGUUUCAAAUAGCCGCACAAUAUAUCAAAUGGAACUA